GUGACGAGGCUUAAGGGUCGCACACAUGUUUACUGAUACUAAUUUAUAUAGACACUGCUGAACGCGCGUCCCCGCUGAUGUGUGUGUUAUUAUGCUCGUGCCCGCUGCAUGCAGACUGCUUGCAUGGUGCCGUGUAGGUGUUGCCCGAGUCUCAGUCAGAUCGGUUCGUGUGUACAGCAGUGGACCAGCGUGUAUCCCGCGUACCAGACACAUGGAGCAGGACCCCGGCAAAGGCAGAAAAGCCAAACCCCCCAAAGACACCCUGCGCCAUGUGCGCUCCAAAGAGAACCGCAAACACACCGAGCUGCACGGCCCCUCCACCGUGUACGUGCAGGUGGUGGGAGCGGGGAGCCGCGACACCGGGGCGUCGCUGUAUGUCUUCUCAGAGUAUAACAGGUAUCUGUUUAACUGUGGAGAAGGAACCCAGAGACUGAUGCAGGAACACAAAUUGAGAGCCGCUCGGCUAGACAACAUUUUCCUGACCCGGAUGAGCUGGGACACUGUAGGAGGAUUAUCAGGUAUGAUUCUCACCCUGAAGGACACAGGAGUCCCAGAGUGUGUCAUGUCCGGACCUCCACAAAUAGAGAAAUAUCUGAGUGCUAUCCGGGUGUUUUCCGGGCCGCUGGAUGAUAUCAGACUGUCGGUGAGGCCGUAUACAAAGAGUGAACAUAAAGAUGACACCAUGACCGUCAUUCAGGUGCCCAUAUUCUCUGAGCAGAAAGGUGAGAGGGUGAGGCGGGUCAGUGGUGGGAGUGAGCAGAGGAGAGAUCUGUGGCAGAAAGAUGAAAAUGAGGAGAGACGCAGGGGCAACAGCCCCACCCGACCAAAAAGUCCAGAAGGCAGAGAGACGGCGACGCGGGACCCUUCCCUGGUGGUGGCGUAUGUGUGUAAGCUCCAUCCGAAAAAAGGGAACUUUCUGGUUCAAAAAGCUAAGGAGUUCGGGUUACCAGUUGGAACAGCAGCCAUCGGACCAAUCAUAUCUGCAUUAAAAGACGGCAAGAGUGUCACCUACGAAGGAAGAGAGAUCCAGCCAGAUGAAGUGUGCACUCCGGCUGAUCCGGGUCCAGUGUUCCUGGUCGUCGACUGCCCCUCCGAGGAGUUUGUCCAGUCGCUCUGCGCCAAUCAGAUCCUCAGCAGGUACCAGAAAGAAGGGUCAGGGGACAGUGCUGCCCUGGUGGUGCACAUGACCCCGGAGUCAGUGCUGAAGACUGAGGAGUACCAGCACUGGAUGGAGAGGUUCUCUCCUGGUACGGAGCACCUGAUAAUGAACGAGCAGGUCUGCACUGUCCACAACGUCCGCAGCCACAAGAUCCAAACCCAGCUGAACCUGAUCCACUCCGAAAUCUUCCCUGAGCUGCAGCACUACACCAUCAGGGAGUCCCCGGCAGCUUUGCAUGUGCCUCAUGUCCGGGCGGAGUGUCUGCUGAAGUUCCAGCUCAGACCUAAAGCUGAAUGGCAGAGAGAUGCCAUUCCUACCUGUGACAAAGAGGACUUCAUUAAGGAGGCGGCCGAGGUGCCAAACUUCCUGCAGGAAGUGGAGGAGUGUAAACACUUUCAAACCACCGACUCUGUAGUCCUGUCUGGAAAGGUGGAGAAAUAUCCUGAGGUGGUGUUUUUAGGAACAGGAUCAGCUUUGCCCAUGAAAAUCAGGAAUGUCAGCGGCACGCUGGUUAACAUCAGCUCGUCCCAGUCUUUACUACUGGACUGCGGGGAGGGCACGUUCAGUCAGAUGUGUCGUCACUAUGGCGACGGUGUAGAUGAGAUGCUCACCAAGUUGUCCACGGUGUUUGUGUCCCACCUUCAUGCUGAUCAUCACACGGGAUUAAUAAACCUAUUAUUCCAGAGGGAGCGAGCUCUGAGGAUUAUGGGAAAAGCCUUCACUCCUGUCUACCUAGUGGCUCCGACUCAGAUCAUGACAUGGCUCAAUCAAUACCACGAUCACUGCCAGGAGCUUCUCAGCCACAUCAACUUCAUACCAGCAAAGUUUCUGUGUGACGGAGCCGAAAUGCCGAAGUACAAAACCAAAUCGUUCAUCCAGACCCUGCUGAAGAGAAACGACCUUAAUAAGAUGCAGACAUGUUUAGUGCGGCACUGUAAGAAUGCAUAUGCCUGUAGUUUGACUCAUCAGUCUGGAUGGCAGCUCGUCUUUUCUGGAGACACCAUGCCCUGUGAUGCUCUCAUACAGAUGGGGAAAAAUGCGACGUUGCUGAUUCAUGAAGCCACACUGGAGGAUGGCAUGGAGGAGGAGGCCAUGGAGAAACGACACAGCACCACGUCUCAGGCCAUCGACAUCGGGAUGAACAUGAACGCCGAGUUCAUCAUGCUGAACCACUUCAGCCAGAGAUACGCCAAGAUCCCUCUGUUCAGCUCCGACUUCAACCAGCGCGUCGGCAUCGCCUUCGACCACAUGAGGAUCCGCUUUGGAGAUUUCCGAAUCCUCCCUCGACUCCUGGCGCCCCUGAAGGCUCUGUUUGCUGAGGAGAUUGAAGAGAUGGAGGAGCGUAGAGAGAGGAGAGAAUUACGGGCGGGGAAGGGUUCAGGAGUGGAGCCGAACUGUGAGGGAGGCGGGACUAAGAGAGAGAAUGAGGAGCCUAGCCAGGAAACGAUCUCCAAGCGGCUAAAAGCUAACUGAGCUAACGUUAUUUUGGAGACGCAUUAGUUAGUAGAGAAGACGUUAUGAUGGUAUACUCGGAGGGUACAAUGAUACCAGAGAUUCAGCAUGUUUUUAUUGUCCUUAUUUAACCAGAAACCCAGCCACAUGUUGAUGAAUGGAUUUGAAGAUACAAUCUGAAGUCUACUAUGUUCUUCCAAGGGAACAUUGUACACUGUUGAUCUGGCGUUUUGCGUUUUUGAUUGAUUGAUGAGUUUAGACCAGACAGGUUUGGUGUCCUGAUGUUAAUAUAUAUUUUCUGUAUGUUAUAAAUGUACAUAGACUGAACUGCUUAUUUUGCUUUUAAAAUAAAAAAAAAACUAUAAACGUA